CAUCCUUAGGCUUCAUAUAUUUCAUUCCAUACAGUUUUCAGGUGUAAUAUUACAGCUUUCUUAGUUCAUACAGAAUUUGAUUCGAAUUCGAUCAUGUUGAUGAAGCCAUCAGCCUCAACAGCAACUUCGAUUUCUGUUAUUGGUUUGUGUAUAUUUUGCUGCUUCUUCGGCCUUGUUCAUGUGGGUGAAGCUCAGAAUAACCAAACUCAAGCUGCUACAGAUCCUAAAGAUGUGAGCGCAUUGAAUGCAAUAUUUGAAAAAUGGGGAAUAUCUGCAAAUGGACGGCAAUGGAAUUUAAGUGGAGACCCGUGCAGCGGAGCCGCCAUAGACAACUCCAUCGCCAUCGAUGACCCGACUUACGACCCUUUUAUCAAAUGUGUUUGUUCUUUCAACAACUCUUCUGUCUGCCGCAUUACCGCAUUGAAAGUUUACUCGCUGGACGUUUCUGGGGCAAUCCCAGAUGAGCUAUGGACUUUGACAUCCCUCACCAAUCUGAACUUGGCUCAGAAUUUCUUGACAGGUCCAUUGUCUCCAUCAAUUGCUAAUCUAACUGCCAUGCAAUACCUGACCGUGGGCACUAAUGCAUUAUCAGGGGAGCUUCCGAAAGAACUUGGAUUGCUUACUGAACUAAUCUCAUUUUCAAUUGGAAUAAACAAUUUCUCCGGUCCUCUGCCAUCCGAGCUUGGUAAUUGGACGAAAUUAGAGCAACUAUAUAUUGACAGUUCUGGAGUGAGUGGUGAGAUUCCUUCAAGCUUUGCUAAUCUACAAAGGCUGACUACAGUGUCGGCUUCAGACACUGAACUUACAGGAAAGAUCCCUGACUUCAUAGGAACUAAUUGGACAAAGCUUAAUGUCUUGAGACUACAAGGAAACUCUUUUACUGGGCCAAUACCAUCAUCCUUUUCCAGUCUGACUUCACUGACAGAGUUGAGAAUAAGCGAUUUGUCAAAUGGGAGCUUAUCGUCCUUGGCAUUCAUAAGGGAUAUGAAAUCUUUAAGUACCUUACAGCUAAGAAAUAACAACAUUUCUGAUACAAUUCCAUCCAAUAUUGGCGAAUUCCAGAGCCUACAGAAUUUGGAUCUGAGUUUCAAUAAUUUAAGUGGGCAAAUUCCAAGCUCGCUUUUCAAUUUGAGUUUGCUGACUCACCUGUUUCUUGGAAACAAUAAUUUAAAUGGUACUCUGCCUGCAGAAAAAAGCACUGGUCUUCUAAACAUAGACCUAUCAUAUAAUAAUUUAUUAGGCGGCUUUCCUUCUUGGAUCAACCAAGAAAAUUUACAACUUAACUUAGUUGCCAACAACUUCACACUAGAAAGCUCCAACAGCAGUGUUUUGCCGCAUGGCCUGAAUUGUCUCCAACGCACUUUUCCUUGCUAUCGAGAUUCUCCAAUUUAUUCUAGCUUUGCAGUGAAGAGUGGCGGUCCACAAAUUACAUCUUCUGAUAAUAUUGUGUAUGAGAGGGAUAAUGAGACUCUUGGCCCAGCUACAUAUUAUGUGCCUGACUUAAACAGAUGGGGAGUUAGUAAUGUUGGAUAUUUUACCGGAAACAAUAAUCAACAAUAUAUAAUCUUUUCUCAGUCUCAAUUCACAAAUACUCUAGAUUCAGAGCUUUUCCAGACAGCUCGGAUCUCUGCUUCAUCUCUGAGAUACUAUGGUUUAGGCCUUGAAAAUGGGAACUACACUGUCACCCUUCAGUUUGCAGAAAUAGCUAAUUUAGAUUCUUCAGGAUGGAAGAGUCUUGGAAGGCGGCUUUUUGACAUUUAUGUUCAGGGAAAUCUUGUAGAAAAGGACUUCAACAUAAAGAGCUUAGCGAGUGGGAUCCCAAGGAGAGCUGUUCAGAGAGAAUAUAAGGCUCGGGUAUCGGAAAACUACUUGGAAAUCCAUUUCUUUUGGGCUGGGAAAGGGACUUGCUGUGUUCCUCUCCAAGGUACAUAUGGACCUUUAAUUUCAGCCAUCAGCGCCACCCCAGAUUUUAGACCUACUGUAAGAGCUCCAACCACUGAGAAGAACAGAACAGGUAUGAUUGUGGGGAUUGUGGUUGGCGUUGGGGUUGCAUUUCUGUUAGUUCUUGCAGUUUUCUUCAUUGUCAAAAGAAGAAAAAAGCUGCAGAAUGAUGAUGAAGAGCUUCUGGGGAUGGAUGUGAAACCAUACACUUUCAGUUAUGCUGAACUAAGGAAUGCUACUGAUGGCUUCAGUCCUGCAAAUAAACUUGGAGAGGGAGGAUUUGGACCAGUUUAUAAGGGAAAACUAAGUGAUGGAAGAGUAAUUGCUGUGAAGCAAUUAUCUGUAGCAUCCCACCAAGGGAAGAGCCAGUUUGCUGCAGAAAUUGCUACUAUAUCUGCUGUGCAGCACCGGAACCUUGUCAAACUUUAUGGAUGCUGUUAUGAGGGAGCACAACGCAUCCUUGUUUAUGAAUAUCUAGAAAACAAUAGCCUUGAUCAAGCACUAUUUGGAAAUAGCAGCUUAAAUCUUGAGUGGCCAACACGUUAUGAUAUUUGUUUGGGAGUCGCAAGAGGUCUAGCUUAUCUUCACGAGGAGUCGAGGCUUCGGAUCAUUCACAGAGAUGUGAAGGCCAGUAACAUUCUGCUUGAUGUUAAUCUUGUCCCCAAAAUAUCAGAUUUUGGCUUGGCCAGGCUUUAUGAUGACACGAAGACACACAUAAGCACCCGUGUUGCAGGAACAAUAGGAUAUCUUGCACCGGAAUAUGCCAUGCGAGGACAUCUAACAGAGAAGACUGAUGUAUUUGCCUUCGGAGUUGUGACUCUAGAGAUUGUUAGUGGAAGGCCAAACUCAGAUUCAAGCUUGGACGAAGAGAUGAUGUAUCUUCUUGAAUGGGCUUGGUUCUUGCACGAGAACAACCGCGAACUUGAAUUGGUAGACUCCAAAUUAUCACAAUACAGCGAGGAAGAAGUGAGACGUCUGAUAGGAGUAGCUCUUCUGUGUACUCAGACACUGCCCUCGCUCAGGCCAUCGAUGUCUAGGGUAGUCGCAAUGCUGUGUGGAGACAUUGAAGUGAGCCCAGUAACUUCAAAGCCCGGCUACUUGACUGACUGGAAAUUUGAUGAUGCAACCAUAUUUGUCAAUGAAAAUGCAACCAAAACUAAUGAUUCUACAAGUCCUGACACUUGUUCGACAAGCUUAAGGGAUAAAGCUUCUCCAGGGAAUGGAGCUAAAAGCUUUCUCCAGGACAUAAUUGGACAGGGCAGAUAGAAACAAAUUUCUUCUGCUUGAUGGAAUUUUGAGUUAUGGAAGGUUGUUUAAUAUUCUAUGAUUUUUGAGUGUGCAUAUGGCAGGUUUUAGUCUUUUAGAAGUGCAGAAUGAGAAAAGAUGUUGGUACUGGUUUGUAAAUUUUUUGCACAUUUUGUCUCAAUUCACUGUUGAAUAAUAAGAGUUCAGAGAUUCCUGUUUAUCAUGUCAUGUAACAGCUCUCAAAUUUGAGUUCGAUAAUAUAAAAUCUUUAGGUUUGAGUUUGAAUU